AAGAUGUCCAACGAGCCCCUCACAGGGUCCAUCGUGGGCGUCUCGGAUAACAGCUCCAACAACGGGUGCCAGGUGACGGAAAGUGAGCUACCGUUUACUGUGCAGCUGUUUGACAACCGCGCGGAGUACGUGUUCCGUUACCUGCAGGUGUUCACCGCAGUCUGCGCAUCCUUUGCGCACGGCGCGAGCGAUGUGAGCAAUGCGAUGGGGCCGUUCGCCGCCAUCUACGCCAUCUAUAGGACUCAGACGGUGGUGGCGGUGAGCGAUACGCCAAUAUGGAUCUUGUUCCUUGGCGGUGGUGGGCUUGUGCUUGGUCUUGCGACGUUCGGCGUGAGGAUCAUGAGGCUGCUUGGGGAGCGCAUCACGACGAUCACACCGAGCCGCGGUUUCUCUGCGGAGCUUUCGACCGCGCUUGUGGUGUCGUUUGCCUCCGGCUACGGCGUGCCGAUCUCUUCGACGCACUGCAUCACCGGCGCCGUGGUUGCGAUCAGCAUGGUUGACGUUGGCAUCUUGAAGCUGCGCUGGAUCAUUAUUGCGAAGCUGUACGCCGGAUGGAUUAUGACCCUGGUCAUUUGCGGUGUGAUCUCCGCGCUGUUCUUCGCACAGGGAAUCUACUCCCCAAGCCGUGCCGGAUGA